AUGGCGCAGCCAACCACGGAUGAUAGAGGGAACUCGAUAUGGACCUUGCUUCCGUCCUUUGACCCAGGAAGCGAUGAUCCUCGUGAGUACCGUGAUAAGGUUCUCUUUCUACAUGGCAUCUGUCCUUCGAAGGACAAAGCGAUGUUGGCACCUCGGCUGGCAAUGCUUUGCAAAGGGACAGCAUGGAGCCAAGUGAAGAGCAUCCAACCGGACAAGCUCACGGACCCAGAUGAUGGUGUGAAAGUGCUGCUUCAGGCGCUUUCGAGCUGGGAUGAAGCGGCUGAACUUCAGACUUAUGACAAAUGUGAGAAGGCUCUCUACCGCAUUCAGCAGAAAGGGGAUGAGACCACAAUGUCCUUUGUGAAUCGAACGCUGGAUGCUUCCAAGAUCGAGAAUGCCAUGAGGACCUUGUCUACGAAGAUCCUGAGCAGCGGCAUGGAAGUCAAGAAGCGUAUCUACCCGGCCAACUUUGCGGAGGAAAACGACUACGACGACGCCAACAUGGCGGAGGACGACCGAGACGAGGACGCGAUGAUCGAGCAGAUGGCCGAGGAAGGCGACGAGGACGCCGUCUUUGUGACAGAGUACGAGGGCCAGAUCCUUGAUCUUGUUCAGGAACUUCCGGAGCUCGCUUCUUGCUUUAGCAGUUACACCGCGGCAAGACAGCGCUUGAAGGAGCGCAACAAGUCUCGUGGCUUUUGGCCUCCUCGCGGGGCCAAAGGGAAGAGCAAGGGCAAGGGGAAGUUCGGCGGCAAGGGGGUUCCGAUCAGACGAUCGCUAGCCGAAAGGAUCGCUUCAUCGACAUGCAGGAUUUGUGGGGUCAAAGGACAUUGGCGACUGGAGUGUCCUCAACGUCCGGGCGCCAACUCCGGAAGCAACCAGGAAACCUCCAACUUUGCGACAGUCACCUACGCCCAGGGCAGCAACACCGAGGACGAGCCCGAGAUCAUGAACACGCUUCCAUGGAACGUCGUGGAGCAGAGCAGCGCCAGUUCGUCAGUGCAGCGCCCAUCCCCU